CGGAAGAGCAGGUGCAGUCCAGUCCAUCACAACAGCCGCUGUCAGCAGCACAGACGCCGUUGACCGAGCCUGGCCGGGGGCCCGCAGAUCCCGCUGAUCCGUGUUCGUUCCCGGAGGAAAAACCGUCGACAUGACUCUGAACCAGAACCAGUCGGAGUCCGGCGGAGUGAUCAUCAACAACAGUGAGAGUGUGUUAAUGGAUUAUGAUAAUGUGGAGCUGGUUUUCUGCGACGCCGACAGCCUGCCUGAAGCUUUCAGAAAGAGCAAGAAGGGCAGCAUCUACCUAACUCCAUACAGGGUGAUCUUCCUGGCUAAAGGCCGAGAUGCGCUCCAGUCCUUCAUGAUGCCUUUCUAUUUGAUGAAGGGAUGCGAGGUCAAACAACCUGUUUUGGGAGCCAAUUACAUCAAGGGCACCGUCACUGCAGAGCCCGGAGGUGGCUGGGAGGGCAGUGCUACGUUCAAGCUGGUCUUUGCUGCAGGAGGCGCCAUAGAGUUUGGCCAGUACAUGCUGCAGGUUGCUGCUCAAGCCUCCAGGGGCCAGCCUGUGACUCCUGGCUUCGGUGGAUGCCCCUACAUGGCAAACGGGGCCUAUGCUUACCCUCCUCCCCCCGCCAACGGAAUGUACCCCACAGGACCCCCGCCUGGCUACUCUUACCCCAACCCUCCUCCUGCAGGCGGGUUCUACCCCAAUCCUCCAGCAUUUGAUGCGUCAGCGGCCUACAUACCCCCUCCUCCUUACUCUGCUCCUCUGGGUCAGCAGCCCCCUCAUGACCCAGACCUCCCCUCCUCUGCAGCAGCGGAGGCCAAAGCAGCUGAGGCAGCAGCGAGUGCCAGCUGUGCCACGCUGCCUCCCACACAUGUGUACCUGCCACAGGACAAGCCUCCUCCCUACUCUCCUCCAGAGGACAAGAAGAACCAGUAGAACUGCUCGAUCUCGCCCUCCUUCCUACCCGACCAUCUUGUUUUUCAUUCCGUUAACUGAACACGGGGAGGAUGUCGAGAUCGCCGAGCCUCCUCACGGUUCAUUCCCUUUUAGUCUCACACCUCCUCUCGUUCCACGGCUCUCCUGCCUCCGCCUGUAGGCACUUAGCUUUUUUUUCCAUUGUUUUAAUAGUGGGAAUCAACUUCAUUCUGUGCGGAGGCAUCUUUACUUUAUGGAAAGCAGCGAAGAAGAUGAUUUGACAGCAGCUUUUGCGAGGCGAGAUAGAUCAGGUCAAUGCAGUCAGGAUUUUAGGUUUAUCUGCCUUCAAGUGUCCCGAGAAACUUCAGAUUGCAGUGCUGCAAAGAUCAAUUUUAAUUUUCUACGACGUAACGGUGUUCCUCGCUUCGCUCACCCGACCAGAGGCCAGCUGGAUGCAGUCUUUUAUUUUUCUAUGAUUUGUGUGUACAGGCUUUUAAUAUGUAGACUUCUAAAAGUAUUUUCUCAAAAACACUAACCGAUGUGAUAAAUAGCUUUUGUAAUGAGGGUUUUGGGGGGUGGCCGGGGGGGGGGGUGGCCGUUAUGAGUCCGGUUCUGCCGUGACACGUUUUACCGGAGAGGGAUUAGAGCGGCGUAGAGCCCCCGCAGUGAAUCCCUGAUCCUGGAUUAGAGCAGAUAGAAGGAGGGCUGCCAGAGCUCCGGAGGGAGGGAGGGAGGGGGGGGAUUAUCUUUAAUAAUGGGCAAGAGCGGAGCAGUCGCCCAAUGAUGUCACUUCCCGUCAUUUGAUAAAACGGAACACUGAUCCCUGUCGUCCAUCCAGCCCCUCACCAUGAUGGGAUUUCUCACUUUGAUGCAUCUUUUCUCGUGGUCGUUAGCUUAACUGUCGGAGGUCCGUCUGUCGAUCUGAUGCGAGCGCUCUGCGGCCGAGCUUCUACUCUUCCUUCCUCUGUGGUCACUAAUCUGUAAACUGUAUCUGUGGCACAUCCGUGGCUGAUUCUUUGCACUUUGAAGCAAAACGCUAUGCAUCGGGCCCCCGUUUGCUCUGUCAUGACUGUGUGUUCGAUGAAAUUAAAAGUUCUGUAUUUAUUCCACUAAUUUAUUGAAAUAUCUCAUGUGUAACGGUUCAAGUACGAAAAA